GUCAUGGCAACGAUGUCUCGGCAGUAUUCUCCGCAGUCGCCUGUCAUGGCAACGAUGUCUCGGCAGUAUUCUCCGCAGUCGCCUGCGAUGUCUCGACAGCCUUCUACAGGGUCAUCUGCGUUGUCCUUUGGCCCUGGAAAAAGCAUCGGAGGUAGCCAAGCUGCGCCAGAGCAGGUCUUGCAGUCACCGAUGUCUCGACAGACUUCAGAGUCAUCUGACAGCAGGACAGCAGGACAGCAGGGGCGACCGAAGGGUUUGGCACAACCGUCUGGCCCUGGCAGAAGCUUCGGAGCAGGCAGCCAAGCUGUGCCAGAGGAGGCUGCGGAGGCUCUGACAUCUGGCCUCCUUCCACUUUCUACUGUGCAGCAGCUUGUUUCGUCCGACUACCUUCUACUACCUUCAGAGGAGGAGGAGGGGCUUGCUCGACAACUGGCCCUGCUUACUGAGCUGGGAAAAGAGAAAGCCGCCCAGCUGGGCGAGAAGUUCAAGGAAGAGAUGCCCAAACCUUCGAAGCCGCCUGGCUCGCCUGGCUCUCCUGGCUUGCCUGGCUCGCCAGUUGUGCCACGGCGAGAACUCGUCUCAUCACAAGCAGCAUCUUCGGCAGGCAGCCCGAAGGGCCCGAAGGGGGCCACGGGCCGACCUCGGGUUGGCAAGGCGUCUCAGGAGAAGCCGGAGCCACAGGCUGCAGCGAGAGGACAUGAAGCAGAAGGCGACCCGAUUACCGCAGAGAUGGCUUCCCCCCAGACAGCCGAGAUGGAGAAGCCGGAGCCACAGGCUGCAGCGAGAGGACAUGAAGCAGAAGGCGACCCGAUUACCGCAGAGAUGGCUUCCCCCCAGACAGCCGAGAUGGUGUCUCAGGAGAAGCCGGAGCCACAGGCUGCAGCGAGAGGACAGGAAGCAGAAGGCGACCCGAUUACCGCAGAGAUGGCUUCCCCCCAGACAGCCGAGAUGGCGUCUCAGGAGAAGCCGGAGCCACAGGCUGCAGCGAGAGGACAUGAAGCAGAAGGCGACCCGAUUACCGCAGAGAUGGCUUCCCCCCAGACAGCCGAGAUGGAUCAGCAGAGCCACAGCUCGGGCAUGGCGGAAAGUGACGCGGCGGGCAACGCCACCUUUGCGUCACAUUUUUUGGGGCCCCAGGAGGAGGAGUCCCCCCAUCCGCAGCUGACAGACCAGCCACUAUGGACCGGUGCGCGAGGGCCCGUAGCUCCCAUGGCCCUAGAUGAGGAGGAGUCAAGUCUCUCGGAUUUGGAUUUCCUCAGCUGACUGGUGACAGGACAGGAACCAUCUUCUGAUGGCCAUUGCGCGCAGAAGUCGCAUCAAGUGACUCCAGAUAUCAAUCGAACAAGAUUGAUUCAAAUUGUGAUUCAACAUUGAUGUGAAUGGAUGUGAAUGGUCCAAAGGUUGAAAUUGAGCCUUCCAACGGUUUCACAUUCUGAGCACAAAAAGUGCAUCCAGACUCGAGCGCCAG